AUGGAAUCAAUAAUGUGGAAGCACAGGUUUAUGCAGGAGGAUAAAAAUAGGAUAACAGCAAGCGCUCUGGCCCGCCGAGGUUCGUCACCGGAGGUUGACCUUGGACGAGACACUGCUUCGGGGGCCUUGGUGUCGCUGCACGAACUCCGGGCUGGCCAGAGACCGCAAGAGUCGGACCCGGGGCGCCGGGACUCCAACGGUCCCGCGAGCGGCUUCAGCAUCCCGGUCGGCGUAAUGGGCCUGGCGGUGUCAGCGCCCGCCGGUGGGAUACUUUCCGCCGCCGCCGGCGCCGGGCCCGCUCAAGCCGUUGCUGCCGCGACCGCCUCAGUCUGCGCCUCCCGCCCCCGGAAACGCUUCCCGGUUCCGCCCCCUAAAACUGCCAGUGCUUCCGGGGGUGCGGCUGAAAGAAAGCGAUGUGCGCAUGCGGGACUCGCGUUAGGGGCGGGGCGUCAGGCGCGUGCUCCGAGAGAACCCGCGGCUGCGCAGUACAGCCCGGAGCAGGUCAGUCUCCUGUAG